AUGGCCACUCCUCCACUGACCGUGAGCAGUGCGCUUGUCACCCAAACACCCUCGAGCCCAGCUGGGCAAAAUGGCAUCACCUUCCCAGACAGCAGCAGCAACAACAACGGUGGAAGCAGUUCGGGCUUGUCGACGGGUAGCCAGGUGGCUGUUGCCCUUGGUGUCGUCAUCUUUGCGCUCUUGCUGGGCAGCAUCGGCCUCUGGGCCACAACGCAGUCACGAGCGAAGCGUGAGGCCCAUGGGCUACUGAACGGGAAGACGGCGCGUUGUCAGAUGGCGGUGGAAACGAGGACGCGGUAG